AUGUUUCCGAAAUUAACACGAAAUUUGCCUUAUGAAAGAAAACCUAAAACCAGGCAACAAAAGAAAGAUGAGAGAAUAACUAAAGACUUUGUAAUUAAAAAAAUUGUUGAUCAUGUCAGGUAUCUCGAAAGAAAAAAGAAAAGAGCACCAGACAAAGACAAAUCUCUUUACGAAAAUGAAAUUAUUGAAAAUAAGUGGCUUACACAAGAAAUUAUUAAUAAUAAAGAAAGAAUUAAUGAAUUAGAAAGCCAGAUCAAACAGAUAACAAAUGAAAAGAAUCGAGAAAUUGAAGAUUUGAAUAAUCAAGUCACAAAAAUGCAGAUAGAUGCUAAAAGUUUAAAUUCUGCAAUAAAUCAACAUAAAGAAAAACUCAAAAAUGUAAAAGACGAUUAUAUCGAAAAAUGCCACAACCUUGAAACAGAAAAUAGUGAAUUAAAGAAAACAAUAAAAGGCUUAGAGAUCAAUCUUGAAUGCUCACAAAAAAUAAAUAAUCAAAACGAACAUUCGAAUAUUGAGAAAAAAUCAAACUUUGAAUCAUUAGAAAUUCUAAAAAUUUUUGCUGAAAUUGCCAAAAAUUUAUCCCCUGGAGAAAUUUAA